CCUACCCCUGCCCCUGUCCCUAACCCGCGCGACGGCAGGCCCUUCCGCUGUGAUGACCGUGUGCUGUAGAGGUGAUGACUGGGUGGUGAGGUAACAUGACAGACUGUUGGGGUUAGCCAGAAGUAAAGUAGUUGAUGUUUGAGCGAGCUGGGGUUCAGUGUCGGGAAGCUGACUCGGAUUUACCCCUUGCAGGAGGACUCGCGGGUACCGAGCAGCUCGUGGGUGAAAUACGCCGGUGUAGACAGUAGCGGCGAGGCCAGACCACGAGACGGAGUGGGCGGUGGUGGGAGCAUGUGGGCGGCGCCGCUCCCGGGGGCUCUGGUGCCCGCCCCCCCACCACGCCCGGAGGGGGGCCUUGACAACAGUAGCUUGCGUCCUCACGUGUGUCAGUACUGUGGCUAUUCCUUUUGUCGACCCUCGCAGCUCGCGACUCAUAUUAGGAUUCACACGGGAGAGAAACCUUACCGUUGCACCGUGUGCUCGUACAGCGCGGCGCAGAAGGGCAACAUGCGCAGGCACAUGCACCUCGUUCACGGUAUUGUGGUGGAGUCGAACUUCGCCCCGAGUAGCCUUGGCGCUCCCAAGGAGACGCCUGGCGUGGGCGGCUACCGAAGCGGCGUGGCCCUGGGGCUGAUGGCGCAAGCCAUGUCCCGCCUGUACAUGACCCACGCAGGAGCAGCAGCACCUGGCGAGGCUCCCGACCUCUCGCCCUUCUCCACAGAGCCGCCUGCCCACCACGUGCCCCACAGCUGCAAGUUCUGCGGCAAGCUGUGCGACACGCCUUCGCAGCUGGCCAUCCACCUGAGGGCGCACACGGGAGAGAGGCCUUUUUGCUGUCCGCACUGCGACUAUCGGGCCACGCAGAAGCACCACGUAAAGAGCCACCUGCAGAGAAGACACAAAGAGCUCGCCCAGGACCCCGAGGCUCACCUCGCCGCGCAGCCUAGGAGCAGCGGCAGCAGCAGCGUGGGUCCUGGAGGCGGUGUUUGGUCACACGGCCUAGUUCCUGCCAACCCUCCAGCCUCCAGGCUCAGCGGACACCUGAUGUGUGCUGUGUGUGGCAAAGUAUUCCCCAAGAGUUCUGAACUACAGCGGCACCUCAGGAUCCACACGGGGGAGAGGCCGUAUGCCUGCCCCGUGUGCCCCUACCGCGCCGUGCAGGCCACGCACGUCAAGUCGCACGUUGCGCGCCGCCACCCGCACCACAACCCAUCGGCGCUGCAGAGCUUUGACUGAACGGCGGAGCGCUUGUGAUGGGGAACACUGCAUUGCAGAACGCGUCAUAGUCUUAACAGAGAGAGGAUCUUUGAGAUUAAAAUGAGAGAAAGUAAUACAUGUUAAGAAUAAGAGUGUUCUAGAGUGGGUGAAGAAACUCCCUUCUCACCCAUGUUCUCUGUUCUCUCCCUGUAGGUGUGUGAGGGCGGUGGUGGGCGGUGGGUGCGCUCCUUCCAGGGCAAUGUCGCCCUGCCAGCCAUCAGGUGGGAUCGCACUUGUCCUGUGUGUAAGAGAGUGUUUGCACGUCCUGCUGAGCUCACCCGCCACCUCCGCACCCACACGGGGGAGAGGCCGUACCAGUGCCCGCUGUGUGGCUACCGCGGCACUCAGGCCGUGCACCUCAAGGCCCACCUGUUACGCCGACACUUUGUACCAAACCAGGCCCCCCUUGCCACCCAGUGACUCACUGCCCACACUCAAAGCAAACAAAUCUGUUAAGUUUAGGAGAGGUGUCGCUGGCUGGCGCCCUUGUCCCGCAUGGUUGAAGGAGUUAUGACGCGGUGCUUGUCUCGUUCUAGGUACAUGGGGGCCUAGGGAGUGAGGUGUGGGCAGGACCUGUAGUCAGGAGUGAGCCACUGUUACGAUGGGACCGCAUCUGUCACAUUUGUGGGAAGGGCUUCAGGAGGCCCGCUGAGCUCCGUCGCCACCAGCGGAUCCACACCGGGGAGAAGCCAUACACGUGCUCUAUGUGUCCGUACAGGGCGGCCCAGGCGGUGCAGCUGCGAUGCCACGUGUCGCGGCGCCACCCACAGCUGGUUCCCGCCACCACUACCUCUGCCACAACCUCCUCCUCCUCCUCCGCAGCCCCCACCUCCGGGCCAGACUUCCCCCCAUCGGGCGGGCCGUCGUGGUAACCCAUUAUCUAGCCUGCGUUACACCUCACCUCUCCUGUCUCCCUCCCGUAGGUGUUUUCCCAGCUGGGUGGCCCAAGCGGAGGCAUGGCCACUGCUUGGACCGGAGGGAUUGGCAUGCUGGCUGGGCUGCGCUGGGACCGCACCUGCUGCCUGUGCGGAAGAACGUUCAUGCGGCCGGCGGAACUGACCCGGCACAUGCGCUCGCACACAGGGGAGAAGCCCUACGCGUGCCACCUGUGUCCGUGGCGGGGCUCGCAAACGUGGCACCUCAAAAACCACCUGGCGCGGGUGCACCUGGUGACCAACGCGGGCGGCGGGGCGCAGAAUCAGUAAUAAAAAUAGAGAAUCUAUAUAAAAAAGAGAGAUAUAUAUAUACAUAAAGGAAUUAAAAAGACGCCACAGUAGUUGUGGUUUAGACUAUUGCUGUGAUGAGAGAUGAGUGAACAGUGUCACACACGUAGAAGUAAUGGCGGUACACUGGGUACUGCGCCGCCAUAUUACAUACCUCAUUAUCAGAUGAAGCAGCUGUGUAAUAAGCUAAUACUGCUCCUCAUUAUUAUUAUUAUUAUUACAUGUAAAUAAAAUUUGUAUGAUA